AUGGCGACGGCUGGGGCCCCGCGGCGCUUCUAUCGCUGCGCCUGCUUCUGCUUCGAGAACCUGUAUGUGGCGCGCUAUGGCCUGCACAUGCGCUUCCAGGACCAGCAGCAGCUGCUCCGGGACUACGGCCCGAUCCUGCGCAGCCGAGGCUGUGUUAGCCCCAGGGACUUUCAGCAGCUAUUAACAGAGCUGGAACAGGAGGUGGAACGGCGGCGGCGGCUGGGGCCUGAGUCAGCUGCCAGGAAAGCCCUCAUUGCAAGCUCAUACUGCCCAGCGCAGCCUGACCUCUACACCCCGCUGCAGGAUGUGGCUUUGGCCCCCGAGUUCCGGGCUGCAGCCGAGUACAGCAAAUCCCCUGGUGCAGACCUUGUGGGCCUCUUGCAGCAGCUGGAGACGCUGUCGGAGGAGAAGCGGAUCUACCGGGUGCCAGUGUUCACGGCGGCCUUCUGUCAGACCCUGCUGGCGGAGCUGGAGCACUUUGAGCAAUCGGACCUGCCCAAGGGACGACCCAACACCAUGAACAACCAUGGGGUGCUACUCCACGAGUUAGGCCUAGAUGAACCUCUGGUGACACCUCUUCGAGAGCGCUUCCUGAAGCCGCUGAUGGCCCUAUUGUACCCAGAGUACAGUGGGGGCCCACUCGACAGCCACCGAGCCUUUGUUGUUAAAUACGCACCAGGACAGGACCUGGAGCUGGCCUGUCACUAUGACAAUGCUGAGCUCACCCUCAACGUGGCCCUAGGCAAGGCCUUCAUAGGAGGCGCCCUGUACUUUGGGGGCUUCUUCCAGGCACCUGCAGCCCAGACGGAGACGCUGGAGGUGGAGCACGUGGUGGGCCAGGGUGUCCUGCACCGGGGUGGCCAGCUGCAUGGGGCUCGGCCCCUGGGCUCUGGUGAGCGCUGGAACCUCGUCAUUUGGCUCCGGGUCUCUGCUGUGCGUAAUCGCCUCUGCCCCAUGUGCUGCCGAGAGCCCGACCUGGUGGACGACGAGGGCUUCGGUGACGGCUUCACUCGUGAGGAGCCCAUCACAGUGGAUGUGUGCGCACUGACUUGA